AUGAUCGUACCACGUCAAUCCCGUGCCCCGACCGGUACACACCCCUUGCCCGGGUCCCCCCUUCAUAGUCACACCCCCUGCCCCCUCAUGCCAUCCGCUCCCCCCGCCCCCACCCUCCGCGUGCCUGCUCCCUUGCCGCCUCUUUUGACCCUCCCUGCCCCCCUCGCCGUUUCCCACCGCCCGCCAUUCGCUCCUCCCCGCCCGUGCGCUCCCCUCGUUUACCUUCUCCUCCCCCCUCCCCUCCUCUGCUGCACGCCUCUUCCUUCCCCUCGCCGACCCACUCCACUCCCUGCCCCUCCUCAAUCCGCACCCUGCCCCUCGUAUCUCGCCCCCCUAUGCUUGGUUUCUCCCCUCCCUGCCCCUCGCCGCCUUUCUCCGCUCCCCACCUCCCCCCUCUCCCUGCCCCCCCACUCUCCCCCCCUUGCCCUUGGCUUCCUACCUCCCUGCCCCACCUUUCCCCCCUCCGUGUGCUCAGCUUCUCCCCUCCCUGCCCCUCCCUCCUCCCCGCCCUGCCCCUCAUUUUCCGCCCCCCCACGCCCGGUUUCUCCCCUCCCCGCGCCUCCCUUUCUUUCUCCGUGCCUCUCCUUUGCUCCCUCCCUGCCCCCGCCUGCCCAUGCCCCUGUCUUUGGCUUCUCCCCUCCCUGCCCCACGUUUCUUCCCUCCCUGCCCCCGCUCUGGCCCUCCCUUGUUUUCCCCUCACCCAUUGCUUCUCCCCUCCCUGCCCUUGAUUUCCCGCACCCCUGCCCUUGUUUCCUACCAUCCAUGCCCCUCGUUUCCCCCCUUUGUACGUUCAGCCUCUUCCCUCCCUGCCCCUCCCCUCCUCCCCCCCUGCCCUUUGCGUUCCCCUCGUUACGCUCCCUUCUCCCCAUCCCUGCUGCCCUCUUGCCACCAUCAGCCCAUCCGCACCACCAGCCCCCCUCCCACCCUUCUCUCCCCCCCUCCCUUUCCCUAUCUCUCUCUCUCUCUCUCUCUCUCUUUCUCACACACACACGCACACUCCCCUCCCCCACCCCCCCACCCACGUCCUCCCAUUCCGCCCCUCCCUGCCCCUUUCCCACCCCCUCGCACGCCCCUCACCUCCCACCUCCGUGCAACUGGUUUCCCCCCUAUGGUGCCUCCCUUGCAUCGCUCGCCCCUCUGCUCACCCUCUGCCCGCCCCUUUUCCGUGCCCUCAGCUGGCCCAGCCCCUGCCCGUUGCUGCCCCUCCCCUUGCCCCCUCAACUCCCCUGCCCCCCGUACACCCCAGUCCCAUCCAACCGCCCCCACCCUCCCCCGGCUGCCCGUUUCCGCUCUCCACCCCCGCGACCGUGUGCGGCUUCCAACCGCCCAACGGUGUCACACCCCCUGCCCCCUCAUGCCAUCCGCUCCCCCCGCCCCCACCCUCCGCGUGCCCGCUCCCUUGCCGCCUCUUUUGACCCUCCCUGCCCCCCUCGCCGUUUCCCACCGCCCGCCAUUCGCUCCUCCCCGCCCGUGCGCUCCCCUCGUUUACCUUCUCCUCCCCCCUCCCCUCCUCUGCUGCACGCCUCUUCCUUCCCCUCGCCGACCCACUCCACUCCCUGCCCCUCCUCAAUCCGCACCCUGCCCCUCGUAUCUCGCCCCCCUAUGCUUGGUUUCUCCCCUCCCUGCCCCUCGCCGCCUUUCUCCGCUCCCCACCUCCCCCCUCUCCCUGCCCCCCCCACUCUCCCCCCCUUGCCCUUGGCUUCCUACCUCCCUGCCCCACCUUUCCCCCCUCCGUGUGCUCAGCUUCUCCCCUCCCUGCCCCUCCCUCCUCCCCGCCCUGCCCCUCAUUUUCCGCCCCCCCACGCCCGGUUUCUCCCCUCCCCGCGCCUCCCUUUCUUUCUCCGUGCCUCUCCUUUGCUCCCUCCCUGCCCCCGCCUGCCCAUGCCCCUGUCUUUGGCUUCUCCCCUCCCUGCCCCACGUUUCUUCCCUCCCUGCCCCCCCUCUGCCCCUCCCUUGUUUUCCCCUCACCCAUUGCUUCUCCCCUCCCUGCCCUUGAUUUCCUGCACCCCUGCCCUUGUUUCCUACCAUCCAUGCCCCUCGUUUCCCCCCUUUGGCCCCCAGCAGACUUUUCUCCCCCCAGCCCCCGUCUCCCGGCCCUCAGUACCUCCGUGCACGGUCUCCUGCCACCCUUGGUCCCGCUCUGUCCCACCUCCCCCCUCCCCUCCCAGCUUCUCCCUAUCACCACCCUCAUGUUCCCCCACUUCCCUGCCCACACCAUACCUCCUCCACCCCCCCUCCCGCAAGUCCCCACUUCCAUUUUGCCCCCCACACCUCUACGAGCCGUACUUCCCCCUCCAGCCCCCCUUUCCCCCCCAGGUGCGCCCAUAUCCUGCGUGGGCUGCACCUCUGCAUCCCGCCCUGCCAGGCCCUUCGGUGACCCACCUGCCGCCACCUGGCACCACACCGCCCUUCCCACCCCCAUCCAAUCUCUACACCCCCUGCCCCUGCCCCCUGUGCACUCCAGCCACCUACCCCAGCCUCCCUCUACCUUUCCCUGGCACCACACCGCCCUUCCUACCCCUAGCCAAGGUCUACGCCCCUUGCCUCUGCUCCCUGCGCUGUGCCGUCCCCAACCUCCCUCCGCCUCACCUCGGCACCAGACCGCCUCUCCCUCCCCCAGCCAACCUCUGCACCCCCUGUUCCUGCCCCUUGUGCCUUCCAACACCCUACCCCAACCCCCCCCAGUCUCCCCCUUCUCCAGCAGCCAUAUUUCCUCCCCCCUGGGGCUCGCCCAUCCGCUAUUAUCACCCUUCAUCGAUUCCCCAAUUCCCUCUGUCCCCUGUUUCCCGGCCCCGCAUUCUAUUUUGCAUUUACCACAGCGCCUCCUUUCGGUGCCCUCUCUGCUCUCCCACGUUCUCACCCCCCGGCCCCCAACCUUCUCUUUACCCGCUACCAGGCUCACGCCAACUCGACUACCCACUACCCUUUGCCCCUUCCUCUCUGUUCCCCACCCUUCCUCCCCCACUUUGCUCCACCUGCCCACCCCCACCUCCCGUUGAAUUCUGUCCCGCCCUCCCCACCUCUGGCCCACCACCUUUCCCCACACCCUGCUCACCCACCGCUACAUCGCCCCCGCUCCCCCACCUCCACUACAGCCCGCCAACACUUCCCCUCUCAACCGGCCCCCAGCCCGCCCCCCCCUUGGGCCCCCAUCCCCUCCAACUGUCAGGCCCCCUCUACCCUCUCUUCCACCCACUGCGCACCGCUUUCCCCACCCUUUUCCCUUUUUCCCAAGCUAACCCCCCGCACCCCGGCCUCUGCCAGGGAGUUUCUUCCCCCUUUGACGCCCUCUUGAGCCAACUCCAGCAACUCACACCGCCACCGCCAGGCAUGCUGCCUCUGGCCGGGGGGGAACCUGCAGCAGACACUACACGGGAAGGAGUAAGUGAGUCUGUAGUGGAAGGAGCAGCAGAGGCUGCAGAGGACGGGGCAGCAAAGGCUGCACGGGAAGGGGCAAGGGAGAUUGUGGGGGAAGGGGCAGCAGAGGCUGCAGAGGAAAGGGCAGCAGAGGCUGCAGAGGAAAGGGCAGCAGAGGCUGCAAUGGAAGGGGCAGCAGAGGCUGCACAGGAAGGGGCGGCAGGGGGCGUGACUUUGGCCAGGCAAAGGGCAGAGGCCAUGGAGACAGGUUUUGCAGAAGAAGGGCCCACAGGACCCGCUGCUGAUUCGGCUGGGGGAACCGCAGCAGGGGAGGCUAUAGGGACCGCAUCAGGUGAGGCCGCACAGACCGCAGCAGGUGAGGCUGCAGGGACCACAGCGGGUGAGGCUGCAGGAGGGACCAUGGCAGGUGAGGCCGCAAGGACCGCAGCAGGUGAGGCUGCAGGGGCCGCAGCAGGUGAGGCUGCAGGGGCCGCAGCAGGUGAGGCUGAGCAGAUUCUAGCAGGUGAGGCUGCACAGACUACAGCAGGUGAGGCCGCAAGGUCUGCAGCAGGUGAGGCCACAGGGACUGCAGCAGGUGAGGCUGCAGGGACCGCGGCAGGUGAGGCUGCAGGGACUGCGGCAGGUGAGGCUGCAGGGACUGCAGCAGGUGAGGCUGCAGGGACUGCAGCAGGUGAGGCCGCAGGGACUGCAGGUGAGGCUGCAGGGACUGCAGCAGGUGAGGCUGCAGGGACCACAGGGGGUGAGGCUGCAGGAGGGACCAUGGCAGGUGAGGCCGCAGGGAGCGCAGCAGGUGAGAUUGCAAGGGCCGCAGCAGGUGAGGCUGCAGGGGCCGCAGCAUGUGAGGUUGAGCAGAUUCUAGCAGGUGAGGCUGCACAGACUACAGCAGGUGAGGCCGCAGGGACUGCACCAGGUGAGGCUGCAGGGACUGCGGCAGGUGAGGCUGCAGGGACCGCGGCAGGCGAGGUUGGGCAGAUUCCGAUAGGCGAGGCUUCACAGACUGCAGCAGGUGAGGCUUCACAGACUGCAGCAGGAGCGACAGGGGCCACAGUGGGGGCUGGUACAGGGGGAGGUGCUACGGGGGCUGCAGCGGGGAAGGGGGUAACGGGGAUUGGUGCGAGGGAGAGUGCCGCCCCGGCUGUAGCAAGAGAAGGUGCGGCAAGGGCUGGAGUGGGAGAGGGGACUGCAGAGGCCUCAAAGGCAGAAGGUGAGGCUGCAGCUGAAGCAGCAGGGAGGGCCAUAGCACGGCCAGUAGGGGCGGCAGGCGCCGCAGCAAGCGCGGUGAAGCACACAGCAGGGCCGGCAGAGACUGCAGAAGGGGCUAGCAGUAAAGCGGCAGCAGGUGGGGUGGGCUCGGGGGACAUAGGGGCAACAGGGGGAGGAGAGGCGAGCGAGGUCCCAACCGGAGGGACCACUGAAGGGGGGGAUGUGAUAGUGAUAGAGGAGGAUGAGGUAGAGGACGUGAUGCACAUCGACGGGCCACUGGCCCAAUACCUCACGCUUGACGGUGAGGCUGACUCGGCCCCCCUGCUGCCUCAGGCCGAGGUUCCCCCUCUCCCCCCCAGGCCCGACCCCAUGCUAGCAGAUGGACCGAUGGAGGGGCGGGAGGAGACUUUGCGGACAGAACCUCGCGAGGGAGACCCCAUCCUUACCCCCCGUCCCCCAGCCCACCACCCCCCGGGAGCACCACUUCCCCACCCCCACCCUCAGGUCCCUGUAGCAUCCAGGGGGGCAGCCAAGGCCCUGGCCUUCUUGGCGGAGCCGUGCUCCCCGACCCCCACGCUGUUCCAUGGCCAGCCCCCCUCUCUGUCCCCAACGGCUGACCCCACGGUUACAGGCGGUCCACCGGGAGAGCGCGCGGGUGCGACAAGGGCAGAGCCACCCGAGGGCACCCCUUCUCUCACCUCUCACCCCUCCCUGCCCCUCCCUUCACUCCUUCCUUCCCCCCCAAGGGCAGCAAACCUCUGCCCCCACCCUCAGGGGCUCCCCCGAGCACCACGUGGAGCAGCCAGGGCUCUGGCCUUCCUAGAGGAGCCAUGCUCCCCGACUCCUACCAACACCCAGCCACCCCCUUCCGGCCCACUACCCCCCCCUCCACCAGGCCCUCCCCCACCCGGUAGUAGACACAUCUCGGAGGUUGAAGCAUCUGCGCGGUCAAAUCUCUCUCCCACACGCUACAUGCACCCCAACCACCCGAGUUGCCGCACAGCCCCAACACGCUCACCCAACGGGCUGCCCUCCUCACACCACCCCCCCCAGGCAGCCGAGACCCACCCGCAAGGGCUUGUGCCCCAGGCUCAUGGAAGCAACGGCACCCUGGUGGAGGGGCCCACAGAAGAGGCCACCACAGAGCCCACACAAACCUCUCUCCCCCCACCGCUUGUACCUCGCUCUAACCUCCACACUGGCCCAACGCCUCGACCACCCCCUCCAACCCCCUCUCCCGGCCGGGUUCCCCACGAGUGGCCACGUUGGGCAGCCAUCAUCCCCCACGCACAGCCCACCCGAUCUGUUCCCACGGAGGGUGAUAUUUCGAGGAGAGAGGGGAUGCACACAGAGCACCCCCCGCCUGGCGAACCACCCAUCCUCCCCCCACCCACCCCUUUGGCCCCACAGCCCCCCCUUCCUCCACAAAUAGGCACGGACAACCAGGUUGGCCGCCGGCGGAAGAACAAGGGCAGAGGAGGCAGAGGGUCAGCCCCCGUACUCCCCCCUCCCUCCCUCCCCCACCAGGAGCCCCUCCCCACCCCACAUCCCGCUGAACCCUUACCAGGCCCUACCCCUACAGGCCGACCACCAAACUUACACUCCCGUCCCGCACCUGCACCUCCACAGGGCCAUGGGAGCGGACCAGCCCACUCACCCCCGGGCCGCCUCUCCCUUGCUCUACCCCCCCCCCAGGUGGUGGCGGCGGCCGCGAGCCCUGCCGGGAUGGUGGCCGACGGGUUGAGGGAUGCGCCCAUGGCAGACGCCACCGACUCCCCCUCCCAUCCCUCCCACCCCUUCCAUGUCGACGACCCCCUACCGCAACCCAUGGUGAUUGGGGAGGGCCAAGGGGGCCUUCUAGGGCAGGGUCCACACCCGAGCUCUGCUCAGCCAGUACGCCCCACCCCACCCUCUACCCUGCCAGCCCUCCUACUCUCACCUACAGACAGGCAGGUUAUCAGGACCCCAGAGGAGGUGAGGGCUGGCAUCUCAGAUCUGCUGGCGAUACAGCACCCGAGCAGCUCCCCGGCUGCCCCCACCCUACCAGCCCCACAGGUCCGGAUCCGGACGUAUGCGGAGGUCACACGUUCUGUCCCUUCUUUUAUCCCCUCCGCUACUGAGCCAGGCGCGUCACUCCCGUCCCCAAUGGAGACGGACCUGGUUCUGAGGCCGGGUCACUCGCACCUAGACGGGGUGGCGCCUCCCCCCGUUCAGCCCGGGGCGCAGGAGGUCACCAGCAUUAGGGAUGAGGCGCCCGCCCCUGCCGAGACCCCUGCAGAGCCGCCACUUGGACCGCACCCCGCCGAGGGGCAGGGGCACACCACGGCACACACUUCAGGCUCACCUCCACAUCCCCCCUCCUUAGCUUCGAGACCGGUACCAGCAGGAGGCCCGGCCCCAUCCUGUGUGGCACCUCCUCUAUCUUCUCCGACACCCCCCCUGCGCGGGGCAGGUGAGUCGUCUCCUCCCCUCAUCCCAGGCGAUCCUCUUGGAGCUCAGGCCGCCCAUGGGGCCCCCUCUACAGCCAGUUCCGACGCCACGGCCCCGAUUGACCCCGCCGACACGGCGACAUCACCCGACCAGGUCGUGAGUUGCCCCACCUGCAGGAGCUCUCUCGCGAACCGACGCGCGCUCCAGCACCACACUCCCUUCUGCCAUCCGGCGGACGCAGCUCGCAGGGCACAGGCCGUCCAUGACGCCACCUCGAUCCUCCCUUCCCUCUCACAGCCCCGUGCGACUGGGAUACAGUUCACUGACGCACAGUGGCAGACGCUCGACUCGGUGGACUGGACAGAGUACUUCUCGUCCGAGCGUAUCCAUGCACGCCCUCUCCGGCGUGUCCCGGAGAGGGUCCCCGGAGGAUAUCUCGACGUUCUCAGUGCGAUCCUAGUCCGCAUUGCCCAGAACCCGGAGGCUGCUGGCCCUACCUUCCUCCUCGCUGUGGCGCCGACCCUUUUCCUCGCUCCAGCGACGCCACCCGACCGCUCGCACACGGCUGCCAUUGCAACGCGCAUCUCCCGCUUUGGUCGAGGUGAGUGGGAUGAGCUACUCUCAGAUGCACUAGGCCGCCGCACACCCCUCCCUCGACGCACAGGUCACCGGUCACGCACCGCCACCGAUCCCUCCACAGCAGAUGAGCGCCGCAUUGCACGUUGCCUUCGUCUGGCGGCGUGCAAUGAGACCUCUCGGGCCUGUGCGGCUCUUGAGUCCGCGGAGGCAGCCCCAGAUACACAAGGGACGAUACAGCGCCUGCGGUCGAAGCACCCCAACACGGAGAGGCCGACCCCAGCUUGGCUGUCUGGCUUCCAGGGGUCUGCUCUUGUGCUCUCGGUGGAUCACUUACGACGCGCGAUCUUCACAGCACCGCGGACCUGGGCUUGUCGUGAGGACGUCCGAGAGGCCGCCCUAGACCAGAUCUUCCUCCCCAUCCGUCUCGGGGGUUUCGGCAUUCGGCGCAUGGCGCGCAUUGCCCCGAGCUUCGCUUCUGGUGAGCCAGAGCAGAUCGACCGGGCUCUGCAGACGGCGCUAGAGGGUCUCCCACCUGACGUUCUCCCUCUCCUUCCCUCCUGGCCCUCUUGCGCUUCUGCCUCCCCUGAUUCCCUUUUUGCAGGAGCGAGCCGCCUUCUGGAGGCGCAUGCCUUGGAGGCCCCGGUGGUGGGGGAGGAGACACGGGUUGAGGGACCGCUGGAGAAGAGGGGCGAGGCGGGACAGCCGGGCAGCGGGAGGCAGUCGGGACAGCAUCAGCUGCGGGGUCGGGUGGCGCGAGGGGCAGGCGGGCAGAGGGGAGGGCAGGGGGAGCAGACGGGCCAGGACGUGGAAGGGGGACAGCAGGGGCAGCAGCAGGAGAGCCAGCGGGGGCCGCGGGCCCAGGGCGUCGCACCUCCGGGUGUGGGCUCGGGGGUGGGGCAGGGGCGAGAGCAGCAGAGAGCGAACGGAGGUACAGUGGGGGGAGCGGGAUCGGGAGGGGAGGACCAGGGAGUGGGAGAGGCAGCAGGGGAUCGAGCAGGGGGGUUGGGAGGGUUGGAGGAGGGUAGAGAGGGGGAGAGGAGAGGACAGGUGGGUGGAGGAGAGGAGAGGGGGAGAGAGACGACCGGAGAGGAGGCACCGAGGGACCAGACAGGGCAGCAGCCAGCGCAGCAGCAGGGACCAGUCGGACGCACAGGCCGGGUAGGCACCUCCUCCCGCAUCCCAGACCUCACCUGCCGCGAAGUUGGGCAGAGUUUGAUGGUUCUUGUGGAUGUCUCCAUAGCGGAUCCACAGCGGGAGGGGAACGUCCAGCUGAGACGGGCGACCCCCACACAGAUUGGAGUGGCAGCAGCUAGGCGGGUGCAGGAGAAGCUGCGUCACUGGGGGCCGCACUUAGAGGGUUUGCAGCCGGCACCACACUUUUACGCUCACACCCCCUGCCCCCUCAUGCCAUCCGCUCCCCCCGCCCCCACCCUCCGCGUGCCCGCUCCCUUGCCGCCUCUUUUGACCCUCCCUGCCCCCCUCGCCGUUUCCCACCGCCCGCCAUUCGCUCCUCCCCGCCCGUGCGCUCCCCUCGUUUACCUUCUCCUCCCCCCUCCCCUCCUCUGCUGCACGCCUCUUCCUUCCCCUCGCCGACCCACUCCACUCCCUGCCCCUCCUCAAUCCGCACCCUGCCCCUCGUAUCUCGCCCCCCUAUGCUUGGUUUCUCCCCUCCCUGCCCCUCGCCGCCUUUCUCCGCUCCCCACCUCCCCCCUCUCCCUGCCCCCCCACUCUCCCCCCCUUGCCCUUGGCUUCCUACCUCCCUGCCCCACCUUUCCCCCCUCCGUGUGCUCAGCUUCUCCCCUCCCUGCCCCUCCCUCCUCCCCGCCCUGCCCCUCAUUUUCCGCCCCCCCACGCCCGGUUUCUCCCCUCCCCGCGCCUCCCUUUCUUUCUCCGUGCCUCUCCUUUGCUCCCUCCCUGCCCCCGCCUGCCCAUGCCCCUGUCUUUGGCUUCUCCCCUCCCUGCCCCACGUUUCUUCCCUCCCUGCCCCCCCUCUGCCCCUCCCUUGUUUUCCCCUCACCCAUUGCUUCUCCCCUCCCUGCCCUUGAUUUCCCGCACCCCUGCCCUUGUUUCCUACCAUCCAUGCCCCUCGUUUCCCCCCUUUGUACGUUCAGCCUCUUCCCUCCCUGCCCCUCCCCUCCUCCCCCCCUGCCCUUUGCUUUCCCCUCGUUACGCUCCCUUCUUCCCAUCCCUGUUGCCCUCUUGCCACCAUCAGCCCAUCCGCACCAGCAGCCCCCCUCCCACCCUUGUCUCCCCCCCCCCCUUUCCCUCUCUCUCUCUCUCUCUCUCUCUCUCUCUCUCUUUCUCACACACACACGCACACUCCCCUCCCCCACCCCCCACCCACAUCCUCCCAUUCUGUCCCUCCCUGCCCCUUUCCCACCCCCUUUUACGUCCCUCACCUCCCACCUCCGUGCAACUGGUUUCCCCCCUAUGGUGCCUCCCUUGCAUCGCUCGCCCCUCUGCUCACCCUCUGCCCGCCCCUUUUCCGUGCCCUCAGCUGGCCCAGCCCCUGCCCGUUGCUGCCCCUCCCCUUGCCCCCUCAACUCCCCUGCCCCCCGUACACCCCAGUCCCAUCCAACCGCCCCCACCCUCCCCCGGCUGCCCGUUUCCGCUCUCCACCCCCGCGACCGUGUGCGGCUUCCAACCGCCCAACGGUGUCACACCCCCUGCCCCCUCAUGCCAUCCGCUCCCCCCGCCCCUACCCUCCGCGUGCCCGCUCCCUUGCCGCCUCUUUUGACCCUCCCUCCCCCCUCAGCUCGCACCUCGCUCUUACCUCCAGGCCGCUCUAGCGCCUCGGCCCCCACCCACAACCCCCGCGCACGGCCCGGCCACCUCUCCCUUCCUCUGAACCCGGCCCAGGUGGCGGCAACGGCGUACGCUGCCGGUAUGGGGUCCGAGGAGAUGAGGGACGAGCCCAUGAGUGACUCCACCGACUCUUCUUCGCAUACCUCCCACCCCAUUCGAGUCGACGGCCCCCUACCGCAACCCAUGGUCACCGAGGAGGGCCGAGGGGGCUCUCUAGCGCAAGGACCACACCCGGGCUCCGCUCAGCCAGCACGCCCCACCCCACCCUCUGCCCUGCCACCCCUCUUACCUUCAUUAGCAGGCAGGCAUGUUGCUGGGACCCCACAGGAGGUGAGGGCUGCCAUUUCGGACCUGCUAGCGAUACAGAGCCCUAGCAGCACCCCAGCUGCCCCCACCCUACCAGUCCCAGAGGUCCAGAGACGGACAUAUGCGGAGGUCACUCGCUCGGUCGCUUCUUUCACCCCCCCCACUUCUCAGCCAGGCUCGUCACUCCCAUCCCCGAUGGAGACGGACCUGGUUCUGAGGUCGUGUCACUCGCACCCAGAUGUAGUGGCGCCUUCCCCCAUUCAGCAUGUUGCUGACACACUUCCAGUGGCGCAGGAGGGCACCAGCACCAGGGCCCCUGGGCUGGUACCGCCACGAGGCCCGGCCCCGUCACUGAACCCUCCUCUUUUACCAGUGCCACCAGCCCCACUUGUGAAGGCUCCCCACAGUCGUGGUGCACCCGUUUCUACUCCCACCGUGGACGCCCCCCCACAGGUCCCUCCGGUUGACGACCUCCCUUCCACGGCUAGCUCCGAUGGCACCACCCCACCCGACCCCGCCGAUACGGCCACGUCACCGGACCAGCCCAUCACAUGCACUACCUGCCAGAGCACCCUGGCAAGCACCCGAGCACCCAGGCACCACACACCCUUCUGCCACCCAGCGGAUGCAGCUCGCCGGGCACAGGCCGUCCAUGACACCACCUCGAUUCUCCCUUCUCUCUCACAGCCCCGAGCGACCGGGAUACAGUUCACAGACGCACAGUGGCAGACGCUCGACUCGGUGGACUGGACAGAGUACUUCUCGCCCGAGCGUAUUCAUGCACGCCCUCUCCGGCGUAUCCCGGAGAGGGUCUGCGGAGGAUAUCUCGACGUUCUCAGUGCGAUCUUAGCCUGCAUUGCCCAGGACCCGGAGGCUGCUGGCCCUACCUUCCUUCUCGCGGCAGCGCCGACCCUUUUCCUCGCUCCGGCGACGCCACCCGACCGCUCGCACACGACCGCCAUUGCCACACGCAUCUCCCGCUUUGGUCGAGCCCCAGACAGCUGCUCGCCUUCUCUCGGCAUGUGUCAGCACUCGUCCGCAGUACCUGUCGAGGACCGUCCAUCUCUCGCCCGCAGUGAUCUCCAGUUUACACGAUGGGAUGCACGCCUGGGAGAGACUUUUCAGCAGCUUUUAGCCUCAGGGACCUGGGCUUGUCGCGAGGACGUCCGAGAGGCCGUCCUAGACCAGAUCUUCCUCCCCAUUUGUCUCGGGGGUUUCGGCAUUCGUCGCAUGGCGCGCAUUGCCCCGAGCUUUGCUUCAGGUGGGCAGAGGGGACGACAGGGGGAGCAGACGGGCCAGGACGUGGAGGGGGGACAGCAGGGGCAGCAGCAGGAGAGCCAGCGGAGGCCGCGGGCCAAGGGCGUCGCAUCUCCGGGGGUGGGCUCGAGGGUGGAGCAGGGGCGAGAGCAGCAGAGAGCGGACGGAGGUACAGGGGGGGGAGCGGGAUCGGGAGGGGAGGACCAGGGAGUGAGAGAGGCAGCAGGGGAUCGAGCAGGGGGGUUGGGAGGGUUGGGGGAGGGUAGAGAGGGGGAGGGGAGAGGACAGGUGGGUAGAGGAGAGGAGAGGGGGAGAGAGACGAUCGGAGAGGGGGCACCGAGGGACCAGACAGGGCAGCAGCCAGCGCAGCAGCAGGGACCAGUCGGACUCACAGGCCAUGUGGGCACCUCCUCCCGCAUCCCAGACCUCACCUGCCGCGACGUUGGGCAGAGUUUGAUGGUUCUUGUGGAUGUCUCCAUAGCGGAUCCACAGCGGGAGGGGAACGUGCAGCUGAGACUGGCGACCCCCACACAGAUUGGAGUGGCAGCAGCUAGGCGAGUGCAGGAGAAGCUGCGUCACUGGGGGCCGCACUUAGAGGGGUUGCAGCGGACACCACACUUUUACGCGUGCGUGGCGGAGACCUUUGGCCUUCUGAGCGAGCCGCUGCGUCAGUUUUUGGGGCUCUGCGCAAAGAGGAUAACACAGCGGAGGAGGGAUAGGGGAGGGGGGGACGACGGAUCGGCACGGAUAUUUGAGGCAGGACUCACUACACGCCUCUCCGUGGCACUACAGCGCGCGCAGGCUCAAUGCAUCAUCCAGCAUGCGGUGCGGCAAUUGGGGGGAUCCGACGACGGGUGGAUGCCCGCACCAGUCCCAUCACACUCCCUGCCCCCUCAUGCCAUCCGCUCUCCCCGCCCCUACCCUCCGCGUGCCCGCUUUCUUGCCGCCUCUUUUGACCCUCUCUGCCCCCCUCGCCGUUUCCCACCGCCCGCCAUUCGCUCCUCCCCGCCCGUGCCCUCCCCUCGUUUACCUUCUCCUCCCCCCUCCCCUCCUCUGCUGCAUGCCUCGCCCUUCUUCUCGUCGCGUCGAAACGAAAUCAGCCCAGGCAGCUUUGGAAUUCUCGAAAGUGCUUUGUACAGCUAA